UCGAGAUGGGCCACGAGCGAAUUUUGAUCAGGCGCAAACUCUCCAAUACAUUCGACAGAGCUCUUCGGCAUUACCAGCGAAUCCUAUCACAAUGGACGUGAGGUCUAAGACCGAUACCGAGAUCCUAGAUAUAGUGAAGGAGGAAAUUGGCAAGGAUUUAACCGAUGAGGAGAGGUCGAAGCUCCAGUUUCGGAUGGAUACAGACAGUACGAAAAGCUACAUUGCAGCCGUUAUCGAAUUUGGAGUUAGCGGCGCUGUGAUUAUGAACGGGAAGAUCGAGAUCGGACACGGGAGCCCCAAAGAGCUAUACUUCACUUCGCGAGUGAUAAAGAUGUCUAGGAACCCACAGAUGCAUUAUAUUCACAAGGAAUAAGUUCUAUAGU